CCCAUCCUCUGACUCCUCUCGCCUUGGACAUCACCACCUCAACACCCACCCACAGCUCGUCUCUCUCCUUCGCGCCCCCUCUCGACGCGAAAGCACGGGCCCAAAUCCUGUUGAGCACGUUCAAGAGCAUGCAGCGCGAGCACAUACGACGCGGUUUCUCUAUUGUUCAUCAGAAGGUUGUUCUUGAGAUCGACUUUUCCGGCAGUCUCUGGGGAUAUACAGAGAUCACUAUCGUCCCGACAAGCAAGGAUCUCAAAACCCUUCAUCUACACUCGCGUCAAUGCACCAUCCAUAGCGUAACGGUCGCAAACCAUCGCGCCGAUUUCAUUCAUUACGACCCUCUCACAAAUCUGUCUGUUUCCGAUCCAAAGGACCUUCAUACACACCCGGAGCUCAGGCGGAAGGUGUAUUCGGCUCUGGCAGAUGGAGACGAGGGAGAGUUGUCGAUCGCAAUUCCAAAGGAAGUGUCAUUGAAACAAUCUGGGAGCACCACAGGAGUCGUUGUCAGUGAAGCUGCUACCCCUGAACCGCAGACUCCUGGUUUUGCGGUGGCACACACUUUAGUGGCGAUCCCAGAAUUCUCUCCAAUCACCGUAAACAUCGAAUACAGCUUGCGACAUCCUGUCGACGGUCUGCAGUUCAUAGUGCCUUCGGACGCUUACCCAUAUCGAGCUCCUCAUGUAUUUACGACACCAUCGUCGCCAGACGCUGCGAGAUGCUGGGUUCCAUGCAUUGACAAUAUCUGGGAGCGGUGUACUUGGGAGCUCGAGUUCGUUGUACCGCGCCACCUUGAAGACCGUGACGAGAAUCCUCGUGCAGACGAUGAGGAGGAGGCUGCAGACAGCCACCCUACGGUCGUAGUCUGCAGCGGAGAGUUCGUCGAACAGGUCGCCCACCCAUACAACUCGAACAAAUCCAUUUUUUUAUUUUCCCAGAGCAUUCUGACAUCUGUCCAGCACAUCGGCUUCGUUGCUGGCCCUCUGCACGUGUUUCCCAUCCCGGCGGAUCAUGCGUCGGACGAUGUGAAUGGGUCAUCUCAGCCGCUCAUGCACGCGUUCUGUCUCCCUGGACAUGAAGCACAGCUGGCAGCAUCGGUUUCCUUCAUUCGUCAGGCUAUGACGUUCUAUACGACGGAACUCGGCUCCUAUCCCUUUGGCUCGCACAAAAUUGUGUUCGUGGACGAAUUGCCAACCAUACGAUUUGAUACAUCCACGCUAUCAAUCGUAACUGUCGAUCUGCUGCACGGCGAAGACGCGAUCGACCAGGUUUUCGAGACCCGUGAGGCACUUAGCCAUGCUUUGGCGUGCCAGUGGUCUGGCAUCAAUAUCCAGCCGAAGACGUGGUCAGAUCUGUGGCUUGUCGAUGGCAUUGGCCUUUACAUCGCGGGCUUAUUCCUGCGGAAACUAUUUGGUAACAACGAAUACAGGUUCCGGCUUAAGAAAGACAUGGAACGCAUCUUCGAACAAGACGAUGGAUCUAUGCUCCCGAUAUGCCAACCGCAGUGUCUUGACCCUCCCGAUGCAGGAAGACUGCCAUUCGUUCAUCUAAAGUCGCCAUUAGUGCUUCACAUCCUUGAUCGACGUCUGGGAAAAUCUGGUACAGCCCUCGGACUUUCAAGGGUCCUGCCUAAACUGUUCCUUUCUGCCAUCUCCGGCGAAAUGCCCAAUAAUGCACUCUCUACGCAUAACUUUUUACGGACGUGCAGGAAGGUCAGUGGUGUUGACCUGCGUUCAUUUGCGGAGCAGUGGAUCUACGGGAGCGGAUGCCCAAGCUUUGGCUUUUCGGCCAGCUUCAACCGGAAGAAGAUGGCAGUUGAGAUUACUAUGCGGCAGGAGGCGCCUGCUUGGAAAUUUCACGAACAUGAUGAAGUCACCAAGGCAUUGUACAAGCCCGUGCCGUUCUUCGAGGGACAAAUGACUAUACGCAUUCAUGAAGCCGACGGCACGCCGUAUGAACAUGUUCUCGACAUACGUGCACCGUUUAAACGCUACGAAGUCCCGUUCAAUACGAAAUACAAGCGUGUACGUCGUAACACCAAACGGUAUCUGGCUCGACAAGCCGCGGCACAGGCGGCUGCGGAAGGUGAUCAGGAGGCAGCGGAAGCAAUGGGCAUGGUAGACAUGGGAUUCGGGCUGGAGAUCUGGGAGAAGGAGAAAGAGCGGGAGAAUUGGAAAGUGGUGGACUGGACGGAGGAAGACGAGCAACUGAUGAGUGGAGCGACGUAUGAGUGGAUCAGGAUGGACGCAGAUUUCGAAUGGAUCGCAAUGAUUGCCUUUGACCAGCCCGACUAUAUGUGGGUUUCCCAAUUGCAACGGGACAGGGACGUUGUUGCUCAAUUGGAGGCGAUCAACGCGUUGACCAAGAUGCCAACGCCAGUUAUUUCUAGCACCCUCACGAAAACGGUGCUUGUUACCAACUAUUUCUACCGCAUUCGUUGCGAGGCUGCCCUGACGUUGGUAACAUGUGCGUUGCCCAAACUGGAGUUCCUAGGCCUGUUUCACCUUUUCAAGCUGUUCCUCCGCUAUUGUUACGACCCCGAAGACCCACAACAGGAUCUGUUCACUCACACGUACGUCCCGAGACCGAAUGAUUUUUCAGAUAUAGCAGAAUAUUUCGUGCGGCGGACUUUGAUCAAAGCUAUUGCCCAAGUUCGAUUUGGGAACGGGAAGUGCCCUUCAGUUGUACGACAAUUCUUGAUAGACCAGCUGAAAUACAAUGACAACACUGCGAAUCCUUAUACCGACGCGUUCUACAUAUGCACUAUAAUUUCUUCUUUGGCGUGUGCUAGUGUUUCCACCGCCCCGCCGGAACAUGGAGAGUUAUUCCCAAUGGAGACAAAGACCGAACAGACUUCCGAAGAUGCCAAUUUGUUGCAACAGGCGCUUUCAGAGGCUGAUCGAUAUCGCAACAUGGACAGACUGAUUGCUUCACCUCACAACAUCGUAACGAUUGCUGCUCUCGAGUUCCGCCUGAUCCUAAGUAUGGCGAAUCUGAUUCCGAAUGACCCUCGUAUUUUCUUCCCACUAACGCGUGAGGGGAACUACACUCAAGUCCGCAUAGCUGCGUUCGACGCGCUUUUCCUCACAAAAUGGUUCAACCCUAAGAUUACGCGAUAUCUCUUGGCCGUCGUGGCGAAUGACCCUUCACGCAUCAUCCGUCGUCACGUAGCUCGAAACGCGUUCCAGUCUCUCGCCCUACUCGUGUCCAUGGGCGAACUAAAAGGUGGACCAAAAGAAAGCGAGUCUCUUUUGAUCGAGGAGGACGGGACACUGCACGAGAAGGUUAAGGAGAACAAGAAGAGUGAAAUCGAUGUUCUCAUCAAGGCUCUCAGAAAGGACAAAGAGGUGGGGAAAAACGAGGUCAUAAGAGAGUGCUUGCUGCCUAUUGCCCUUGCUCCUGAUGUCGACUUUGAAGUCCGCUGGAUGAUGUUAAAGCUCGCCGACAUCGUCGUAAAGGGUCACGAAGAAGCCCCGCCCAAGCUUUCUAUCCAUCUGCCGCCUCCAACUCCCAUUAUCGAAGUUCUUCCUCCUCUUCCUCCGGUAAAGGUACUGCCAGUUCGACCUUUGAAAACGGGCGGCCUGCCUGCCAGAAGCCCUCUUCUACCCACUCCUGUUCCCUCCAAGAUCCGUCUCUUACCUUCAGGUGGACCUGCUGAGUCGCAUCUGCUCAACCACCGCCCUCCCGAUGGUACACACUCCUCCGGGAAAGGCAAGCAGAAAUCCAAUACAAAGAGUGUUCCGAAGGCGCAAAGUAGUGGUAUGGGCGUGAUGGAUAUCAAGGCGUGCCGCAACGCGUUGGGCAAGGUCAAGGCGAAUAAGCACGCACAUUGGUUUUUACAACCUGUUGACCCUGUCAGAGAUGAAGCGCCUCGGUACUUUGAGAUCAUCAAGAACCCCAUGGAUCUGGGUACCAUGAGUGCCAAACUCGAACAAGGGAUGUAUAGAGACCGCUUCGCAUUCGAAUCCGACUUCCGUCUCAUAAUCCGCAACGCGAAGACAUAUAACUCACCCGACACCUAUGUCUUCAACGAGGCGGUUGCGAUCGAGUCAUUUUUCGAGAAGCUGUGGAUCCGUAUCAAUAAGACCAUCGACAGCAAAGCUGUGACAGGUAUGAAGCCUGUGAUGCCCAUGGCUCCUCCACCGCUUCCGCCAUCAGUUGCUGCUAUCGCCGAGCCAUCGAAGCCACGACCAAUCCUUCCUCCACCAAUUCUUCCUCUCUCUUCCGAAGCUGCACCUCGCCCGUCUAUCAAGCUCAAAUUGGGCGGAGGAGGACCUCCAGAUAUUUUGCAGAAGUCCACACCUGUCGCGAAGCCUAAACCACGCAAGCUGAAACCCCUAAGCAGACCAUCGCCACCUGGGAAGGAGAGGGAGAAGAAGCCUAUGCUCAAACAACCUGGCACAGUCAAGAUCGGGAAGUCCUCACCCGCAGAAUCUAGUACUCAAGUUAAAUCUCCACCACCGCCUCCAGCCAUCGAAAAUCCUCGAAUAUCGAUCAAGGUUAAAGACGACAGAACCCCCACCCCUACGUUCUCAAAACCCACCCCUACUUCCUCGAAGCCCACUCCUACCCCAAAGUAUACCCCUCCCUCCAAACCCAUUCCGACCUCUUCCAAACCUACACCAAAUUUGUCCAGAUCUGCUACUGCAUCUUCUAAACCGCCUAAGAAGUCUCCUGUAGUUCAAGCAAUGCCUAUCAACAAGACAAAGUGUAAAGAAGUAUUAAAGGCACUGUUAAAGCUUCCAGAGGCUGGUAUAUUCGCGAGACCUGUUGACCCUCAACUCGACGGAUGCCCAACAUAUUAUGACGAAAUCAAGGAUCCCAUGGAUUUUGGAACCAUAGGCCAACGUCUCAACACUACCAUCUACACGACGAUGGAAGACUUCACCAAGGACAUUGAAUUGGUAUUCAGCAACUGCCGACUAUUCAAUCCUCCCACCACCUAUCCUACGGACUGUGCCGAUGCUGUUGAAAGGUUGUUCAAGAAGGAAUGGGCCAAGAUCAUGGAGAAGAAGCUCCCGUGGACAGAAAAACGAAGUUUACAGUCCCUCAUGACCAACCUCGUCAAGGAGUCGAUAUCCUUCGUGUUCAGAGAACCCGUUGAUCCUAAGGUCCUUGGCAUUCCCCAGUACUUCGAGAUCAUCCCUAAGAAAGAUGCACGGGAUCUCCGCACGAUACGGCAGAAACUGGAUACGGACAAGUAUGACUCGAUAGAGGCAUGGGAGGCUGACAUGGAAUUGAUGAUACGGAAUGCGAUCCACUUCAACGGUGCAGACUCCGAUGUCGGUCAAGUCGCAGUGCUCGUUCGCAAUCGGGUGAAAGAUAUGUUGUCGGGCGUCAAGUCUCAGCAGGGGGUGAAGAAGAGAAAGGAAGGUGACAAACCCAACGGAGGGCCUGUGACGAAGAAGGCGAAGCUUGGGUGA